AUGUCGUCACCCAACGGAAAGCGUGUGUCACUUGAUGACCAACAAAGCGUAUCCGACGGUGAUAUGGAUAUCGACAAAAAGCGAAAACGUGCCAGAAGACGUCGUGGUCAUCGUGGUCGUUAUCGUCCCUAUGACGUUGCUGAAGCUGAGGGAGAACAUGUUCAUACUGGAAGUGACAGGAAGCUAAGAUUGAGAAAAGAAAUGCCGAUGGCACCAAGCAACACAACACAGUUCUUACUGGAAGACGUUGAAGAAAGAACAGAAACGGAAAGAAAAGUCGAAGAAGUAUGCGCCGAAGAAAGGCGGAGAAUACGAUCAAUUAGUGUUUCAUCUGAGCUCUUACUUGCAAGUGAUGAUGGCUCAGAUAGUUGGAGUGACCCAGAGCAUCGAGAUUUUGAAACUGAAUUCGAUGAGUUCAAUAGAGAUAGAAUUUCCCAUCUCAGCAAAGUUGAGUUGGAGAAAGAAGUAAUGGCCAUUGAAAAAACAGCAGAAGUUUACCACGACUCGUUGAUCAAGAUGAACAAAGAAAAUGAGAGAUUGAGACGCUUACUUAAAGAUAACGGAAUACCAUAUGAUAACUCAACUGCAAAAACAAAUGUUCAACCUCAACCUGUAGCAUAG